UUGUGAUGAUAUUAAGAGAGGUCAUUUAUCUAAGAACCUCGGGGGCGAGUGGUUUUUCAAAAAGCGUGAUAAUAAACGGGAUGUGAUAUUAAACGGGUUAAUCUGUAAUUUAAUUGACAGCGAGGUUAAAGUCAGGCUAAUAUCACAGCGCUCUGUGACAUGGCCAGAGGGUCAGAUUAUCCGGAUUCCUUAAACAAUAACCAACCAGCUUUGAUUUAAAAAUACAAAUCCCUUUUGAAAGUGCUGAGGGUUACUCCGGUAUUGCUGAUGGAUAACGGGAGCUGUGCAGCUAGACCAAGAUAAAGAGAAACCAAGACUAAACCCCUUUCUCACUAAAAUGCACUGGGAUUCAAAUAUGUGCAAAAUGUGUGUGUGUGGGGGUCAGUGCCAGGGUGUAGCUGUGUGUGUGUGUGUGUGUGUGUGAAUGUGUCACAGUGCCAGGGUGUAUCUGUGUGUGUGUCACAGUGCCAGGGUGUGUGUGUGUCACAGUGCCAGGAUGUAUGUUUGUGUGUGUUUGUGUCAGUCUGUGUAUCUGUCUGUGUGUGUGUGUGUAUCUGUCUGUCUGUGCAUGCAUGUGUGUGUGUGUUUGUGUCUAUGUAUGUGUAUCUGUCUGUGUGUGUGUCUGUGUGUUUGUGUCUGUCUGUGUGUGUGUGCGUGCACUAACACCACACACUGAAACCCCGACAGGAAGUGUCUCCACCCGUCCAGCAGGAAGUGAUGUCGGGGAAGGCGUGCACCAGCGGCGCGGUGAUGCAGGCACAGAGAGCCGUGGAGCAGCUGAGACUGGAGGCAGCGACGGAGAGGAUCAAGAUCUCCAAAGCGGCCACAGAGCUGAUGCUGUACUGCCAAGAGAACCACAGGCGUGACCCCCUUCUCAGCGGAGUCCCUGCUUCAGCAAACCCUUUCAAAGACAAGAAAACCUGCGUGCUUCUGUGACCACACCCCCGGGGAGGCCCCGCCCCGCACAGCAGUGAUUGGCUGGAUCCUCGCAGUCACUCUGUGAUCAGAGCUGACUGAUCCUAAUAAAGAGGCCACGCAAUCUAACUGCUGGACAGCCCUGGGCAAACGUUUAGCAUCACCCUCUGUUUAGAAUGAACUUCACUCUGCUUCGUGAGGUCGAGCGAAACCCGCAGGAUAACGUGACCUGAACAGAAUGAAUCACACACGACGCUGCGUAGUUUUCCCUUAUAAUGAAAAGCUAACCACAGAUUUCAAACGUGACGUUUGGAAAGCUAAUAUGAAAUACUGCUGUACUGCUAGUAUGGCUUCCGAUAGACUUUUUCGCGAGAUCAUUUUGUAGUUUCUUUGCUUACACGAUGUUAAACAGCAGAUCUAAACUAUGUUCAUAUGUUUGUUUGUUUUUUUCUUUUAUGAUGUCUCAAUCCUAAAAUUCUAGGUGAUGCUAAACUUUUGCCCUGAGCUGCGCACUGAACCACACAUCAAUUCUGUGUCGCCUGUUACAAUUUAAACCUAAUAAAAGCACUUUUAACUUUCAAACACA